AUGUCAUCGGCAAAAUUUUUUCAAAAACUUUCGGGUUACUUGGCGGCCACGCAAUCCUUCCGGCAGGCUCUUAAUGGACUCUCUCAUAUCGUCACACCAGAUCUUGCUCGUGAUCUUUGUCAGGAUCUUGUUUCAAUGCUUAGUCAUUCUCGUCCUUAUGUGCGAAAAAAAGUGGUGCUUGUUCUUUAUAAACUUUUUCUUAAAUUUCCUGAAGCUUUGAGAUUAAGUUUUCCCCGUUUGAAAGAACGGCUUGAUGAUCCUGAUCCAU